GUCAGAGGGAGAUUGACUUUCUGGGGUGUUUUUUUUUUUAUAUAUAUAUAUGUGCACAGAGAGUGAGUCCACUGCAGGACAAACAAGUUAAUAUAUAUAUAUAUAUAUUUACAUAUAUAUAUAUAUACUUCAUUAAACCACGUGGGGCACAGUCAACAGUGUCCAUGUGUGACAUAUACAGCCUGGACUCUCCACGAUGCAACAUGAGUUGGGCGAUGGAGCCUGCUAACUUCUACGAGAGCAACAAGCUGGGCAACCCCCUGCAGCCCGGGCUCUGCAAGCCGGGCAGCAGGGGUGACAGCACGGUGGAGGUGGAGCAGCAUGGAGGUGGAGGUGGUGGAGGUGGAGGAGGCAUGGUGGAGCUCAGCACCGCCGCAGCCAUGUACGACGACGAGAGCGCAAUCGACUUCAGCCAGUACAUCGAGUCCAUGACGGCCGUGCCCAACUUGGAGCUGUGCAACGACGAGCUGUUCCUCGACCUGUUCAACACGGUGAAGCAGGAGAAGCUGGACUUCUACACCAUGCAGAGCCCGGCGGUGCUGCAGGGCGACCAGCAGCAGCAGCACCAGCAGCAGCAGCUUUACGCAGCGGAGAGGCGGCCGGACGCGGGGAUGGAUAAAGGCUCCUUUUGCGCACCCAUCAAGCAGGAGUCCGACUGGAGCGACAGCGACGGGUCCUCGUCUCUGCCUUCACAGAUCGAGAGCUGUGCGCAGACCUCCGUCAGCCUCACCACGGGGCAGCCGACGCCUCCCACCACCCCGGAGCCCGUCUCCAGCCUCAGCUCGGCCAAGUCGUCCCCGCGUAAAGGGAAGAGGGUGGACCGGUACAGCGUGGAGUACCGACAGAGGCGAGAGAGGAAUAACAUUGCGGUGAGGAAGAGCAGGGACAAGGCGAAGAGGCGCAACAUUGACAUGCAGCAGAAGUUGCUUGAACUGGGCUCUGAGAACGACAAGCUGCACAAAACUAUCGACCAGCUGACCAGAGAGCUCUCCGGCCUCAGAGACUUCUUCAAGCAGAUGCCCAGCUCCUCCUUUGCGGGCUCCACCAGCUCAGCGAGCCGGUGACAGAUUCAAUCAUCUAUGGACUGAGCUAUUAGGAGACAUACCUCAACAGACUAUUUUUUUUUUUUUUUUUUUUUUAUACCAUCUGUACCAGAUGUAUUUUAAGCUUACCAUAAUGGCACUGGAAAAUAUAUGACGUUGCUGCCAUAUUUUUUUGUGGGAUUUUUUUCCUCUGUAUUAAAUUAUUUUACCACUGCAUUUACAUGAUGUUAUUAUACCUGAUAUGGUACAUGUUAUAAUUCCAAACUUUGUAUAAGAGCCAGAGCAUGAUCUUUUAUAUAGUUUGUAUGAAAACCUUGAAAACAUUUUGUUUAUGGAAAUCUAUAAUAAAAAAAAAAAAAAAUCGCUGAA